CAUGCCCCGUGAGUCACUCCAGAUGUGCUCAAAAACAGAGCCUCUGUGUGGAAGCCCUGUCCCCUAAUCCCAGAGAGAGUUAGGUUAAGAGAGGUACCAACUUCUGUCCCACCCAAGAGGCUACAUCUACCUCCUCCCUGUGGAGCCAGGGAGAGGCCCUUGCUUUCCUUAUAGACAAGAAAGGGCAGUAAGAACUCUGUCCUCUCACAGAGAAGAACAGGGGCCUACCUGCAUCUCCUGGGGUUCCCGCAGGAAUAGAAGGUCAGUUUCUCUCCCCCCUGAAGAUGCCCUGGAAGGUCCUGACGAUUCUGCUGGUGUUCUCCAGCACCCAGGCCACUGUGUCCUGCAGGUGGAGCAGGGCUGCAUUGUUCCCAGCUGCCCAUCGGCCAAAAAGGUCCUUAUCACUGCCACUGAAUCCAGUCCUGCAGACCUCCCUGGAGGAGGUGGAACUGCUGUAUGAGCUUUUGCUAGCUGAGAUUGAGAUCAGCCCAGACCUGGAGAUCUCCAUCAAGGACGAGGAGCUAGCUUCCCUGCGGAAGGCCUUGAAUUUCCACUCAAUCUGCAAUAACAUAAUCCCCAAGCGAAUCCCAGAUAUCCGAAGGCUGAGUGCCAGCCUGGCAAACCACCCUGGGAUCCUCAAGAAAGAAGACUUUGAGAGGAUAGCAUUAACCCUGGCUUACACAGCCUAUCGAACAGCCUUAUCUGAAGGGCAUCAGAAGGACAUCUGGGCUCAGUCCCUCGUCAGCCUAUUCCAGGCCCUGAGGCAUGACUUGAUGCGGGCCUCAAGCCCUGGAGUGUCAUCCUGAGAGACUGGCCCAUGCUAGGACUUUGAAGCAGGGACAGGCACACACAGUCUUCUAGAACUUUCAGUCUCUACUGUACUUGCACAGAAAAGUAUGUACUUCCCACACAGAAUAGUGAAGAUAAAUGAGUCACCCCAAUAUUCUUUUGUCCCUUGUUGCUUCCAGACAUGUGUGACCUGUGAUAUAAUGUUACCCAAGAAAGGGCUAAAUUGGACUUUCAGGAUGCCUCCAGAGGCCAACUGGUCUACCUGGUAAUGAGCAGAAGUCUGAGAUACGCUUAUGCGGAUAGAAUCUGAGCAUGGCAGGAGGAUGGUGGGCAGAUUCGUUUGGUUCUAAGGGAUCUGUAUUGAAUGAAUAUUUUCUGGAAGGUUUUAUGGUAAAUAUUUUAAAAAGGCAGAGAUGCAUUCAAAUAAAUAUGCUACUAGCUGAGACGGAUAUACUUGGUUUUCCCCAAAGCCGAGAAGAAGAAUCAGUAUUAUGGUGACCUAUGUGGCUUGACUCAUCUUUGGCUUGACUCAUCUUUUCUGAAGUUAUUCUGAGAUAGGAGAAAUAUAAAGAACCCAUGGAAGUGCUAGGAGUCCAUCCAUGCCCUGUCAUUUCAAUGUAGAAGCCAAGCUAAAGCAUGGUGCCUUCCUAAUGAAAGAGGUGACACCACUGUGGUUGGCUUGUUUGUCCUAAAACACCACAGCACUGUCAUCGAUUUGAGUGCUCCUGAAAAAAAAUCACUUUCAGAGGACAGAUUGUUUACCUUUCAAGUGCUGAUUUUUUUUUUUUGCUUUCAAAAUGUUAGUUUGAUAUCUGUUCACUAUUUAUAUUAAAUACUGGUUGAUAUUUAAAUGAUAUGUGUGCAAUAUCUUCAGU